UGUAUGAGGCCCAUAUUCCAUCGCGCCAUUACCGACCUCUCCUUCCCUUCAUAUCCCCAUCCCCUCCUCUGCCUCUGCCUCCAAAAUCCACCUCUCCUCCUCGUCCUCAAUCUAUCUCUCUCUCUCCCUCUCUCUCUCUCUAUAGAAUUCAAGAAUUCUCAAUUUCGUUUCUAAAAUCUUGAAAGAAAAGGGUAUUAGAUCAAGAAAUGGCUCAGAAGACGGAGAAAGAAGAGACUGAAUUCAAGGUGCCAGAAACCCUCACCUUAUGCGUAAAUAAUUGUGGAGUUACUGGUAAUCCAGCAACCAAUAAUAUGUGUCAGAAAUGUUUCAACGCUACUACUACCGCCAGCACCUCCAAUUCAACGGCGGCGGCACCUACGACCACGACGAUAGCAUCUGCCCCUGGUGUCUCAUCCUGCAGCGAGAUCUUGACUAAAUCACCGAGAUCUAGCAAAUCUCGGUCACCUGUGAGAGAUCCGCUUCUGGAGACGAAUCGAAAGGUGGACACGUCAUCAGAUCGGGAAAAAUCUGAUGUGGCGGUAGCUAACUGUGGGGUGAACCGGUGCUCAGGGUGCCGGAGGAAGGUUGGGUUGACCGGAUUUCGAUGUCGUUGUGGAGAGCUUUUCUGCUGGGAACACCGGUACUCUGAUCGACACGAUUGCAGCUACGACUACAAAGCAGCCGGCCGGGAGGCGAUAGCUAGAGAAAACCCCGUGGUCAAGGCGGCGAAGAUCGUUAAAGUUUGAUAAAAAAAAAGUCAAAUUUGAACAGAGAUUCAAAAUUUCUCGAUGAUCGAUGCUCUCGAUCUGAUCAUCUCUCUUUUUUCCUCAAAGAGAUAGAGAUCUCGUUAGCUAGUGAAGAUUUAGGGGGUUGAAAGAAGAGAUCGAUCGAUGAACCAGAAUCCAAUCAAUCAUGGCUUUGAAGAUAAUCCAGAUCUGGAUGAAGAUCAAGAUCAAAAUCCUUCUAUAAAAUGUCUUUUUCUUUUCCUUUUUUUUUUUUAAUGAAAGAUCAUUAUUAUUAUUAUUAUUAAUAUGAUUAUUAAUGUUAUUGUUGCUUAGUCGUGUUUGCUCUUUAUGUUUUCUCGAUAUGUUGGAGAGAUUUAGAAAUGGCAAUGGCAUAUGAAUGUAAAUUUGAAGAUAAGUUUAUGGCUCUUUUGUCA